AUGUCUAGUUUAGAAAUCGAAAAAGCUAGCGAGAUUCAUCAAGAAAAAGUUCAAUUUGAAUACGAUGAAGGGUCCUUAGAACAAGGUGCUAAUUUCAAUGUUGACGAGGAAUUUGAAAAAUAUAGAGGACUUGGUGCAGCUGAGGAAAAAAAGAGUGGCUUUUGGACAAACUUGAAACGAUUUGAAAUUCCUAUCGAUUUCAAAAACAAGAGUCAUAUGGUACAUCUUUUGGGUGGAUUUGCUUCUUUUGCUGGUGUUUUGAGUGGUGUUGACCAAUCAAUUAUUAGUGGUGCCCAAUUGGGAUUGAACUCGCAAUUGCACCUCACUGAUAGUCAGAACUCAUUAGUUUCGGCAUUGAUGCCGCUUGGAGCUGUUGGUGGUUCGUUGUUGUUACCCCCAUUGCAAAAGUUUAGUAGAAAGAAUGCCAUCACCGUCUCGUGUAUUCUUUACACUAUUGGUGCUAUUAUGUGUGCUGCUACUCCAAUUCCAAAUCAAAUUGGGUCGUCAUUUUUCAAUAAAAACUCGACUAAUGUGUUGUAUGCGGGAAGGUUUAUCUUAGGGUUGGGUGUUGGUAUUGAAGGUGGUGGUGUUAAUGUUUACAUUGCCGAAUCAGUUCCUAGUGAUAAAAGAGGUGUUUUGGUUAGUGCUUAUCAGUUUUUCAUUGCGUUUGGAGAAGUUUUGGGUUAUGCGAUUGCAGCAAUUUUCAUUUCGACUCAUGCUGGAUGGCGUUACAUGUUGGGUUCUUCGUUGGUGUUUUCAACAAUCUUGUUAAUCGGUUUGAUCUUUUUGCCCGAAUCGCCUCGUUUCCUUGCCAAAAAGGGUAAAUACGGAGAGGCGUUUAAUGUCUUUGCAAGAUUAAGAGAUAUCGAAGACAGAAGGAGUAAAGUUGAAUUUCUUCAAAUGAUUCAAGCCGCUGAACACGAAAGAGAAGUGCGUUUGACAACAAAGAAAUAUAAAGCCUGGGUAGAACUAUUCACAGUACCAAGAAACAGACGCGCUUUGAUUUAUGGAUUGAUCAUGAUCACUUUGGGACAGUUGACCGGUAUCAAUGCCGUUAUGUAUUACCUUUCUGACUUGAUGGCUCAAAUUGGGUUUUCGGAUAAGAAUGCUGUAUUUAUGUCCUUAGUUGGUGGUGGUUCAUUACUUAUAGGUACCAUCCCAGCUAUCUUGUACAUGGACAAAUUUGGUAGAAGGAUAUGGGGUUACAACUUGAUUGGAUUUUUCAUUGGUUUAGUUUUGGUUGGUGUUGGAUACUUGAUUCCUAUUGAUUCCAAUUUGGCUGCAGCAGAAGGUGUUUACUUGACUGGUCUUAUCUUGUACAUGGGCUUCUUUGGAUCGUACGCUUGUUUAACAUGGGUUGUCCCAUCGGAGUCAUUCAGCCUUGGUACCAGAUCGCAAGGUGUCACGUUAUGUUCAGCUUUGUUGUAUGUAUGGUCUUUCACAGUAACCUACAACUUCAACAGGAUGAAAGAGGCGCUCACAUACACCGGUUUGACUAUUGGAUUCUAUGGUGGUAUUGCAUUCUUGGGUUUCUUUUACCAAGUUUUGUUCAUGCCUGAAACCAAGGGAAAGACUUUGGAGGAAAUCGAUGAGAUUUUUGAGAAAUCGUCAUUCGAAUUGGCCAAGGAAAACUUGCAGGGUCUUAAGAGAUUUUGGAACUUCAAAUAA